GGCAUCCCUUGCGAGAGCAGUAGAGCGGCGCUCCCGGGGAGGCUCUAGAGCGGCGGGCAGGAGCAAGGCCGAGGCCGAUGAUGUCGGAAAAGAAGCAGCCGGUCGAUUUGGGGCUUCUGGAAGAGGACGACGAGUUCGAGGAGUUUCCUGCCGAAGACUGGGCUGGUUUAGACGAAGAUGAAGAUGCACACGUGUGGGAGGACAACUGGGAUGAUGACAAUGUUGAGGAUGAUUUCUCCAAUCAGUUAAGAGCUGAAUUAGAAAAACACGGCUACAAGAUGGAAACUUCAUAGCGUCCACUGAACGUCAUCUGAGGUCGGACUGUAAACUGAACACCGAGGUGUAUGGAAUGCAAGAUGGAAGAUCAGACACUGGACUGUCUAUUGUUACCUAAACUUUGUUUUGUAUAAAUAAAAAAAAUUGAAUCCACGCAUU